UCUUUUUGGGCCUCAUCCAUUUGUUUUGAACUGAACUACAUUAUCCUAAAUCCUAAUCUUUGUUGUUGUUUGCACUUUGUAUCGCCUGUGUGCUCUCCAAUGGCAGCUGUCCCUCAAUUCAACCUCGCUCCUGACAUACCCGUUUCAAGACUCUGCUUAGGAACAAUGACUUUUGGACAGCAGAACUCCCUGUCUCAAUCUUUCCAUCUUCUCGAUUACGCUUUUGAUGCCGGAAUUAACUUCUUUGAUUCUGCUGAAAUGUAUCCGGUGCCUCAAAGUGCUCAAACUCAUGGGCGGAGCGAAGAGUAUCUUGGUUGUUGGAUUAAAGACAGAAAAAUACCUCGUGAUCGUGUUGUUUUAGCCACUAAGGUUAGUGGACCAUCUGGACAGAUGAGUUGGAUUCGAGGGGGGCCAACAAGUUUGGGUGCCGGUAAUAUAACACAGGCCAUUGACAAUAGCUUACUGCGGCUUCAAACAGAUUACAUUGACUUGUACCAGAUUCAUUGGCCUGAUCGCUAUGUUCCGAUGUUUGGUGAAACUGAAUAUGACCUAAGCAGACAGUUUGAUUCUGUGGGGAUUGAGGAACAACUAGAUGCUUUAGGUAGAGCUGCUGAUGCUGGCAAGAUCAGGUACGUGGGCCUUAGUAAUGAAACACCAUAUGGUCUCAUGAAGUUCCUACAAGUUGCAGGAAGUACGUCUCGGUUUCCCAGAAUAGUAUCUGUUCAGAACUCCUACAACUUGCUUUGCCGAAAUUUUGAUUCUGGAUUGGCCGAAUGUUGUCAUCAUGAGAGGGUCAGCUUAUUAGCUUACAGUCCUCUAGCAAUGGGCAUACUCUCUGGCAAAUACCUCUCACCUGAUAAGGGGCCAAACGAUGCUCGCUUGAACCUUUUUAGAGGAAGGUAUUCAGAAGGGGAAUCGAGAUACAAUCUGUCUAAAACUAUCAUAAAAGAAGCAACCAAGGCAUAUGUUGCCAUUGCGAAGAAAUAUGAUAUUCAUCCUGUAUCUCUAGCAAUUGCCUUUGUUUUGAAGCACCCACUUGUUGCUAGUGCUGUUUUCGGUGCGACAAAGUUAUGGCAGCUUCAAGAGGUCAUUAAAGCAAUUGAGGUUGAGCUCAGUCCGGAAAUAGUCUCAGAUAUUGACAGUGUCCACUCAAAGUUCCCGAAUCCCUGUCCCUGAUCACAUUCAUACCUUUUGGUGUUUUUUUUACACUUCUUUGUCCAUGACACUCAUGUCAAUAGAUUAUGUAGUCUUUCCACUUCCAGAGUGCUGGAAUGAAAAACAAUUUAUGUAUUUAUGUUAGAUCUUAACAGUGAUUUACUCUGUUAGGCUUAAAAUAUGUUAGUCCUUAGAAGCCAGUAUAUAUCCGUUGACAAGUUUGAUGCAAAAUCAAAUAAUAUAUAGAAAAUCCAAAACAUCA